AUGUGGGAUCUAAAUGACUCACCGCACCAGACACUUAGAGAAGAAGAAUCCGAAGAGUUGUGUUAUUCUUCACCGGGUAAACGGGUCGGAUCUUUCUCGAAUUCAAGUUCUUCAGCUGUGGUCAUCGAAGAUGGAUCCGAUGACGACGAACAAAACCGGGUCAGACCCAAUAACCCACUUGUCACACAUCAGUUCUUCCCGGAGAUGGAAUCUACCGGAGGAGACGGUGGUGGUCUCGGGUCAGGUUUUCCUCGGGCUCACUGGUUUGGAGUGAAGUUUUGUCAGUCGGAUCUAACGACCGGAUCAUCAGCGGGUAAAGCAGCCAGCGUCGCCGCCGUGGUGGAGCCAGCGCAGCCGUUGAAAAAGAGCCGGCGUGGACCGAGGUCAAGGAGUUCUCAGUAUAGAGGCGUUACGUUUUACCGGCGAACAGGAAGAUGGGAAUCUCAUAUUUGGGACUGUGGGAAACAGGUUUACUUAGGUGGAUUUGACACUGCUCAUGCAGCCGCUCGCGCAUAUGAUAGAGCUGCAAUUAAAUUCCGUGGAGUUGAAGCUGAUAUUAAUUUCAACAUCGAAGAUUACGAUGAUGAUUUGAAGCAGAUGACGAAUUUAACGAAGGAAGAGUUCGUGCACGUACUUAGGCGACAAAGCACAGGCUUUCCUCGAGGAAGUUCAAAGUAUAGAGGUGUCACUUUGCACAAGUGUGGUCGUUGGGAGGCUCGGAUGGGUCAAUUCUUAGGCAAAAAGUAUGUUUAUUUGGGUUUGUUCGACACAGAGGUUGAAGCUGCUAGGGCUUACGAUAAAGCUGCCAUCAAAUGUAAUGGCAAAGACGCAGUAACGAACUUUGACCCGAGUAUAUACGACGAUGAACUCAAUGCCGAGUCUUCAGGGAAUCCAACUCAACAACAAGAUCAUAACCUCGAUUUGAGUUUGGGAAAUUCUGCUAAUUCUAAGGCAAAGAGUCAAGAUAUGCGGCUCAAGAUGAACCAACAACAAGAUUCUCUCCACUCUAAUGAGAGUCUUGGAUUAGGUCAAACCGGAAUGCCUAACCAUAUCCCCAAUUCAAAUCACCAAUUUCCGGGCAGCAGCAACAUUGGCGGCGGAAGUUUCUCCCUGUUUCCGGUGAUCGAGAACCACCGGUUUGAUGGUCGGACCACGACGAACCAAGUGUUGGCAAAUGCUGCAGCAUCAUCAGGAUUCUCUCCUCAUCAUCACAAUCAGAUUUUUAAUUCAACUUCUACUUCUCAUCAAAAUUGGCUGCAGACCAAUGGCUUCCAACCUCCUCUCAUGAGACCUUCUUGA